UGAGAUAGCUAACCAGCCAGUUUAGCCAUCAAGGCUGCGGACUACAGUUGAAGAGAGGUGCGAUGGAUGGAUGCAUUGCCCCGCUACGUUGUGUAUAUUUGUCUUUUGUUGAAGCAUAAUGUGCCCUCUACGACCGAUUUUAUCCCUAAAGAUAUUCCGCGCCAUUGCGGAGAGUUGCUAAUUCGCAGGGCGGCGUUAAUAAAUUAUCCAGGAGCCAAGGUUUUUCGUCACAGUUUGAAGAUUAACGCUAACUGAGGCUGUUUUAGUUGCUAUACAGCUAGCUCCUCCUUGCUGUCUACAGUUCUUGUGCCUAGUGCCUCAGGAAUGUUCUCAAAAAAGCCUCAUGGGGACGUUAAAAAAUCAACACAGAAAGUCUUGGACCCAAAGAAGGACGUGUUGACGAGGCUCAAACAUCUCAGAAUAGUCAUAGAAAACUCAGAGGCUCCAGAUUUAAAACAGUUCUUUGACAUCUACUAUUCCCAUAUCUACUAUGUCUUCUUUGAAAACUUUGUCACCAUUGAGGUCAGCCUCAAGCAAAAAGGUCAUAAGUCUCAGAGGGAGGAGCUGGACUCAAUCCUCUUCAUCUUUGAGAAAAUUCUCCAGCUCCUGCCGGAGAGGAUCCAGAGCCGAUGGCAGUUUCACAGUAUCGGGCUUAUCCUCAAGAAGCUGUUACACACUGGGAAUUCUCUAAAGAUCCGUCGGGAAGGCGUGCGUUUUUUUUUGUUAUGGAUGCAGGCCCUGCAGAGUAAUGCAGAGCGGGAGCAGCUCUGCAUGUUUGCUUGUCUGAUUCCAGGUUUUCCUGCUCCGCUCUUCCACGGGACCCCACGCACCCUGGACACUUUGAUCAACCCACCACUCAGUUUGAUGGAGACUCAGGUUACACCAGAAGAAAUCACACCAUUGGUUGCUCCUCAGUCAGGUGACAAGAACCAGGAAGACCUCACUGCCUACUUUCUAGAAGCUCUUCUGAAAUACAUGGUAAACCAGGCAAAGUCUCUCGAGUGGCGGUGUAAAGAGAACCAUGAACGUGGCUUUAGCUUCCUCUUUGGUCACUUUAGGAAGUUUUACCUUCCUCACAUAUUUCCCAACUUCGCAAUGGAGACAAGCCUCUACAGCCCCAUGCUAGAUGUGCCUCCGAUGCGUUCUAAGCCGUACUAUAGCGUUGUACGCAGAGAGCAGGAUGGCGGUGAAACACUUUACUGCACCAAGGAGAGUUUCCUUCAGGCCCGAGUUAUAUUUAUCCGCUGGCUGGUUUCUUUCUGGUUGGAGCCAAGACCCAACACACAAACGCACAUCCCAGGAACAGAGGGAGAGAACGUCCCAAAGAACAUACAGCGAGCAGCAGCCGGACUGGCCGCUCGCUCAGCAGGCAGCUCAGACGACAGCGGUGGAGGGGGGAUUCGAUCUGACAGCCACUUGGAAGGAAGUGGGAGCUCCUUGGGGCCAAUAGGAGGAAACAUGGGGCUCUGUGGAGGUCCGGGGGCUCCAGGUGAACCUGAACAGAGUCACUCCAACACAUCUACGCUGACGGAGCGCGAGCCCAGCUCCUCUUCACUCUGCUCCAUGGACGAAGAGCAGCUGACAGACAUGGAGGUGGUGAGGAGAGUACUGACCAGUUCCAGAACCAACGUCAACUUCAUCACAGAGAUCUUUAGACAGGCUUUUCUACUUCCCAUGUGUGAGGCAGCCGCAAUGCGAAAAGUGGUCCGUGUUUAUCAGGAGUGGAUAUCCAUGGAGGACAAGCCAGUGUUUAUGAAGGAACCAGAGGAAGGCCCCUACCCUAUACCUGCAGCUACCAGUCUGGAUGCAGGCUCGCAGCUGGGAGACAAAGAAGAAGAGAGAAUGAACAAAGAGAUUGACAGUGAAUUGCUGGAGUACAGUGUUCAUGCUGGAGUUCAGACAACACUACAGGUUUUCAUCACCCACUCUUCCAAUGUUUUCCUCCUGGAACCCGCCAACGACAUCAAACUCCUUUUAGAGGAGCACGUCGACAUGUGCAAGCGAGUUUUAAACAUCUACCGCAGCCUUGUCAUGCAUGAAACCAUGGACCAGAAAACAUGGGAGCAGAUCUUGCUGGUUCUACUGAGGGUGACAGAGUCUGUGAUGAAAAGACCUCCAUCCAUCAUGCCUCAAGGCAAGAAGAACAACACUCUGUCAGGAAGACUGGCCGGGCCUAUCUUUCAGACACUGAUAGUAGCCUGGAUUAAGGCCAACUUGAACGUCUAUAUAAGCAGAGACCUCUGGGAUGACCUUCUCUCUGUCCUCUCCUCCUUGACCUGCUGGGAGGAACUGGUUACUGAGUGGUCCCUCACCAUGGAAACUCUUACUAAGGUGUUGGCAAGGAAUCUGUACAGUGUCGACCUGAACGAGCUGCCUCUGGACAAGCUCAGUGAACAAAAACAGAAGAAACACAAAGGAAAAGCUAUUGGUUCAGAGGGGCAGCGGCAGAUUGUGGACCGUUCCUUCUCUAAAGGCUGGAGCAGAGACCAACCAGGUCAGGCAGCAGCCAUGAGGCAGCGAAGCGCCACUACUGCUGGCUCACCAGGUAUCGAAAAAGCCAGGAGUAUUGUACGUCAGAAGACUGUAGACCUCGAGGACCCACCUAUCACACUGACAUCUCGCACCUCUCGAAUGCGCCACUCAUCCCAGAGCGAUGAGACUCCUCCCACUUCCUGUUCUGAGGUCUUCCAGGGAGGGCCUUGUGACCUGGAUGCCCCAUCCUCCCUGGCAAGGAGCAGCAGUGCUUCUGACAUCAUGGAGCCUUUCAUUGCAGAGCGGGUCAAAGGUGAAGACCCUCAGAGGGAUCCCCUUUCGAUCCUCAAUCCUCCCCACAACUACUGCACAACUACCUCCUCACUCGCAGCCAACAACCACACAGCUCAGCCACUUUCACAACCCCUCACAUCCCCUUCUCCCACCCCUUUUACCUUCUUAAAUGGUGCUGUUUCCUCAUCCUCAGAGGCACAAGAUUAUGGUAGUGUUUACGAUCAGCCCUGGCUCCAGAUUAGCUCUCGAAGCCGUGGUUCUAGUUCUGACUGGGUAAGUGAUUGGGACUCUGCCUUCAUCUUUUCAUCUGAAAAGGAAAUUAAUCCAGAGGAGGGAGAAGUUGGGGCUGAGGCAGAGGAGGAUGAUUUAUUCUCUUCUAUCAGGGACUACCUUACUCACAAAGGAGGUGAAAGGAAGGAGGAGAUUGGAGAGAAAGAUAGUCCUGGCCACACAUCUGUACACGUUUCUUUACCUGCACAGGUGCAAACAGGGAUCGCUAGAUCUCAAUUAGAAUAUGUAGGAUCAGUAGGAGAAGCAAAGCAGGUGGUAAGAGAGGACAGACAGGUAAGUAAAUCAGUAAGACACAGCAGUGUGGAUUCCACAGAGGAAAAUGAGGUAGAGCAACGGAGUAUCUAUGAGUGUCUGGAGUUGCAUGAUCAGUGGCCUUCACCCAUCAAGGGGAGUGCUAGCUUGGAAAGAAAUGUGGAGAAAAGGGGAUUUGAGGGAAAUAUUAAAACAGGGUUAGAAGGGAAAGUUGACAUGUGGGGUCAAAUAGGAGAAGAGAAACAAUGCAAUGAUAAAGUAGAAGAACAUGACAGAUCAAGCUUGAUUCCACAAGAUAGUUGCACAGUUGAAUCUAGUAUUGAGUCAACUACCCAAACCUCAGACCCCACUAAAGCAAAGAUGUCCCGUAGUAGCACCAAGAGGCAACACACUGGGGGUGUUCAUGUCAGUUUCCGGCCCUCAACUGAGUCUGUUCAGUUCCACAACCCUCUUGAGAAUAAAGAGGCGCACUGGAAAGCCAGGCUUCGUCGACUCAGUCACUUCCACACACACAGUCACUCAGCUGGGGAGAGGACAGGGGCUGGAGCUGGGGCAGGCUCAGGGGGGAAGUUGGGAGCAGGGGGUGCAGGUAAGUUUGGCUCUGUGGCUGGGAUUGGCCACAGAACAGGCGGCCUUGAGAAAUUGUCAUCUGGGACUGUGUUAGACAGCAGUGGGGCAGGGGCCACAGCUGGCCCUGGAGGCCUGGAAAGCAGGUCUGGGCCUGGAGGGGACAAGAACAAGCUACACUCUGGAUCCUGCAUGGUAUCCAAUCUUGGCCCUGAGUCCCACUCAGAGAUAUUGUCAAGUAGUUCAGGUUCCUCAGGCGUGUCCUCUGGAGUACGCGGACGCUUAGGACGUUCCGCCUUGCGAUCUCGAGUGUCCCGCUCACGCUCCCAAGAGCCUGGAAGCACUGCCUCACGCCAUCACCAGGGGGCUCUUCUUGGUGGCGUCUAUAAGACUGUUGUCCAUGCUCUGUCCUCCAAACCUCGACCCAGAGGUCAGGGCUCAUCCCAGGGCUCAUCUCCUCAGCGGCAGGGUCGUGCUGCCAUGGGUGACGCAUCGCUAAGGGAUCUCUACUCCCAUGUCCUGGGCUACUUUGGACGAAAGACGACCGCGCCAGCCAACAAAGAGGAGGUGGUUCAUAAAGCCCGUCCAGUCUCCACUGAUGUAGGAAGCAGCAACCCAAACUUCUCUGAUCUCAUGGAUGAGUUCAUACAGGAGAGACUUAGAGCCAAAGGGACAGGGGGUCGACGUGGGAGCAGCCCAGGAAGUUUGGAGGUUCCCAGAGACCUGCCAGAACUUUUGGAGGCCGGUCAGAGUUCUGGGUCACGGCUUACCGAUGAUCUCCGGCCAGCUGAUGAUCCAGGGGUUCCCUCUGAGUGGACGUCGCCUGCAAGCGCCAGCGGUUCUGAUGUCGUCAGCUCGGACAGCCAGUCAGACUCCUUCAAUGCUUUUCAGUACUCCACCUGCAAGUUUGAAAAUUUCACCUUUAUUUCAGAUGCAAGUGGAGGAGGAGCUGGAUCUGGAGGAGGUGGGGGCAGAGGAAGCUCACUGGACCAGGAUAGUUUAGGUGGCGGUGUGGCAUGUGACGAACAUGAAGUGGCCAGUUUGACAACACUUCACAUUGACUCAGAGACCAGCAGUCUCAGCCACACUGUCACAGUUACUGGUUCUGAGAGUGCCUCUCCCAUGCAUUCCCUUGGGGGCUCCCGUUCCCAGACACCCUCUCCUGCUACACUCACAGCAGAACACACUACUCAUGCACACUCCCAUUCGCACACACACUUACAGCUGGACCAGAAACUCCACAACUCUGUUCUGCAGACCCCUGAUGAUCUGGAAACAAGUGAGUUCCCCAGUGAGGACUGCAGUGUGAUGGCAGGUGGUUCUCUAACUGGAUGGCAUGCGGAUGUUGCCACGGUAAUGUGGAGGAGGAUGCUAGGUAUCCUGGGGGAUGUUAACAACAUCAAGGACCCAGAGAUCCACGCUCAGGUCUUUGACUACUUGUGCGAACUGUGGCAAAAUUUAGCAAAGAUCAGGGAUAAUUUGGGCAUUUCCCUGGACAACCAGUCAUCUCCCCCACCUCCUGUUCUGAUCCCUCCACUCAGAAUCCUCACUCCUUGGCUCUUCAAGGCCACCAUGUUGACUGAGCGUUACAAGCAGGGGAAGCUUCAUGCCUACAAACUAAUCUGCAGGAUCAUGAAGAGACGGCAAGAUGUUUCCCCAAACUCAGACUUUCUCACACACUUCUACAAUAUAAUGCACCAAGGACUACUUCACCAAGACCAGGACAUUGUGAACACCAUCAUCAAGCACUGCAGUCCAAGGUUCUUCAGCAUCGGUCUGCCAGGAGCCACCAUGCUCAUCUUUGACUUUAUCAUCGCAGCUUCCAGAGUCACCGCCUGCUCAUCACUCAAUGCUCCUAGAGUGGAGGCCCAGAUCCUUCUUGGAUCUCUGGUGUGUUUCCCCAACUUGUACGGGGAGCUUCCAGCUCUCCAUCCCACCACAGCUGACAUGGUUCUAACCAAGUUUCCUGAUGUCAAGGAGCACAUCAUCAAAACCAUCCUGACCUCUGCUAAGGAUGAACCAUCUGCUCCCGCUCGGUGUGUUGCUCUGUGUAGUCUGGGUAUCUGGCUGUGUGAGGAGUUGGCUUGUGGGACUCAACAUCCACAGAUUAAAGAAGCUCUUAAUGUCAUCUGUGUUACCCUGAAGUACCCUAAUAAGAAUGUAGCACUGGUGGCAUCAGACAUCCUUCAUCUCCUGAUCAAUUACGUGGAUCAUCUUCAGAAAUUCCCCCCUGACACUCCAAAGAAAAUCGUAGAGAUUCUGAUCGCCACCAUCACACACUUGUUGCCCAGUACUGAGUUGUCUCCUCAUGAGUUGGAUAAGAGGCUGGUGGUGUCCCUGCUCUUGUGUCUGUUGGACUGGGUGAUGGCUCUGCCGCCAAAGACUCUUCUCCAGCCUGUACAAACACAAAGCCCAGCCGACAAGGACCAACCUACUAAGACUCUGCUCAGCUGUAUUUAUAAGGUUCUACAUGGUUGUGUGUAUGGAGCACAGUCUUUCAACAGUCCCAAGUAUUUCCCACUGCAGCUGUCGGACCUGUCGAGUCCAGACUACGACCCGUUCCUGCCUUUAGAGAGCCUCAGAGAACCAGAACCUCUCCAUAGUCCAGACUCAGAGCGCUCCAGCAAACUACAGCCUGUCACUGAAGUUCGUAGCCGUAUUCAGCAAGGCCUGGUUUCCAUAGCAGCCAGAACAGUGAUUACCCACCUCGUCAACCAUCUAGGACAUUAUCCAAUGUCUGGAGGGCCUGCCACUCUGUCUAGUCAGGUGUGUGAAAACCAGGACAACCCAUUCUGCGAGAGCGCUGAUCUGGGGCCGGAACUUUUCCAUUCACCCAACCUGCAGUUCCUAGUUCUGAACGGCUCCACGCUCCUUUCGGUGCUUCAGAUCCGAUCAGAGUCUGGAGUACCAGGAGGUGGAAUGACGGCUGGUUUGUCCUCUGCUCCUGCUUGUGUCCGUGUCAUCAUCCGAGACGUUGCUGGGAAACACUCUUGGGACUCAGCUGUUCUCUAUGGGCCUCCUCCGUGCACCCCAAACAGUCCAGCACACACACUUUUAACUCGCACACAGUCCCCUCACAGCACGAAUCUUCAUUUACGCACCCCACCAGGAGGUCCGCCGAAGAUGGGAGUGAAACGAGAAGGUAGUGAGGAAGAGGAGAGGGGGACGGAGGAGGCAGGAAAAGGAAUGGAUAGUGACAGCCAAGAGUUUCAGGGAGACGUGGAGGUGGAAGGAGAGGAGAGGAAAGCUAGUGAGGAGGAGAAUGAAGAACAAGGAGGAGAUGGUGAGGAAGAAAAAGAAGACGAAGAGCAGAGGGAGGAGGAAAGGAAUGAGCAUCAAAUGGAGGGGGAUUCAGGCUUGGAACAGCAUCUGGCUCCACCACUGGCUAAACGCAUGUGUCGGGAGGCGGUGCCAGCAUGGGAUUCACUGAGAGAGGGAGAUGACGCACUGGAUGAAAUGCUGCAGUACCUGGGAUACUCAAGUCCUGAGUGUCUGCAGAGAGCAGGGAUGCCGCUCAAUAUCCCAGCUCCUCCCCCAACAUGUGUUUCAGAGAAGCAGGAGAACGACGUGAUCAACGCCAUCCUGAAACAAAGUGCUGCUGAGCGCGAGUUCGUCCUUCAUAGAGGAGAGGAGUUGAACAUGAGAGCAGUGCAGCAAACCGAACCAGAUGCUCAGACACCCCAGUCUGCCUUUUACUACUGCAGACUGCUCAUCAACAUACUGGGACUCAACUCCUGGGAGAAGAGGAGUAACUUUCAUUUGCUGAGAAAGAAUGAGAAGUUACUGAGAGAGCUGAAGAAUCUGGACUCACGGCAGUGCCGUGAGACCCAUAAAAUCGCAGUAUUUUACGUGGCUGAAGGUCAAGAAGAUAAACACUCCAUACUAACAAACACAGCAGGCAGCCAAGCUUAUGAAGACUUUGUCUCAGGACUCGGCUGGGAGGUGGAUCUUACCACACACUGUGGCUUCAUGGGAGGCCUUCAGAGAAACCGCAGCACAGGCCAAACCACGCCUUACUAUGCCACUUCCACUACCGAAGUCAUCUACCACGUCUCCACUCGCAUGCCCUACGACCAGGACCACAACCUCACCAAGAAGCUUCGACACCUGGGCAACGAUGAGGUCCACAUCAUUUGGUCAGAACAUUCCAGAGACUACCGUCGAGGGAUCAUCCCUACUGAAUUUGGAGAUGUGUUGAUCAUCAUCUACCCCAUGAAAAACCACAUGUAUUCCAUCCAUAUCCUCAAAAAACCAGAGGUGCCAUUCUUUGGUCCGCUGUUUGAUGGUGCCAUUGUGGACAUGAAGAUUUUGCCUGCCAUGGUUAGAGCCACAGCCAUUAAUGCAAGCCGAGCUCUCAAGUCCCUCAUUCCUCUGUACCAGAACUUUUAUGAAGAGCGAGCCCGGUACCUUGAGACCAUAGUGCAACACCACCAGGAGCCGACCACGUUUGAGGAUUACGCAGCUCGAGUCUACAGUCCCGCUCCCUGCACUCACCUGUCCUCUGACACAGGCUCCUGCCUAGAGAUUCUUCGGGGAGAAAGUCCGGCUCUUGGGGAGGCCGGGAGCGACUCGGCGUCCCCCAUGUCUCCUCGGACUAGCAAGAGUCGCAUGUCCAUGAAGCUGCGACGCUCCUCUGGAUCUGCCAAUAAGACCUGAGCUUUGCAUAUGCUAUGGCUCUGUCAGCACAGAUACUGUCCCCCAUGUGAGCCAAUCAAAGUAAAAGUAUAAGUAAUAUUAACUGUUCACAAGACAAUUUAAACAGAAAACAGGAUUCUUUGGAUUCUUGUAAACAAUCAGGGGUGUUAAUAGGCCUUCUCUCCUCCCAGCUCCUUCACAUUGUUUUGCCCAGAACACCCAAACUUGCUCUGUUAUACCCUCUGAUGUACAUGUGACAUUAUUCUGCUGUAAAUAUCUGCAGCUUUGCUUAAAAACCAACCAAACGUAUCGUGUAGCAGCAUGCUGGCAUUUGCCACAAUAGGAAAAGCUGAAUACAUUCAUCCAGCAAAGUGCAGUAUUAGUUCAUAACAAUGUGUGCCAAGUUAGAAAGUGCACAAAUAUCAGUAUAACCAGGACUGCAAAAAGCCUAAGUGUGCCACAUGUAUUAUACGCUGCUCACAGACAGUUGCAGCGCACAUUCAGCGAGAUAAAACUGCAGAAGUCAUGUCUGUGAUGUUGAAUGUUGCUUGGAGGGGGAUCUGUAUAUUUAUACUGAUGUUGGUGUGUGUAUGCGUAUGUGUGUGUGUACAGACAGAAGCAGGAGUAUUGGCUGUAAAGUGUUGCUUGGAAAGCGCAAGAUGAGUCUAUUUUUGAUGUUCAUGCUUCAAAAAUGAAAGCAGGCCAUGAAAUAAAAGUUCAGAUCUGUUCAUUUUAGGAGUAUUCAUUACAAACAAACAUGCUUUUGUGGAUGCUCUCCAGCCAAACUUCCAAACAAUGUUUUAAUCCCCAGUCUGAGCUCAUGGGACUGGAAAUGAACAGACCCUCCCUCUCUGUUAAGCAACAUGAGAAACACUGUUCUGAUGAGGACAAAUGGCUUGUUUGUCUUUUACAAAGGAGAGUAAACACUCCAGAACAUGAACAAGAUGGGAAAGUCAGAGAAAGCACCUGUUAAAGUUUUCUUUGUGUUUUGUUUUUCUAGAAAAUGCUGUAAAAUGUGGAUGAGCACUGAUGUUAAUGCAUUCAUUUUGCUUUUUACUGUAAAUUUUGUUUUUGCUUGAACAAGCUGUAUUUUUAGUCACUUUGUCAUCAGAGGUGAGAAACCACAGCAUUUCUUUUUUUUUUUUCAUUUUAACUACAUAUAUAUAUAUUUGUAUGCUGUAUAUCUAUAUAUGUAUGAGUAUGAAUAUAUAUAGCAGAUAUAUGGAUCUCUUUAAGAAUGUGUACAGUGUGAAGAAGCUUGUUGUGUAUAUAAGAUUAUGAGAAAAUAGCUGCCAAAGUCAAACUGUGGUUUAACCUCAGACCACAUAUUUGCUAAAAAAAAAUUCAUAUAUAUAUAUAUAUAUAUAUAUAUAUAUAUAUAUAUAUAUAUAUAUAUAAUAGGUCUACACUACAUUUUACACUUCAACAGGUCAUCUUUCGUAGUCAAAUUUGUAUUUUAUUCUCCAGGAAUUUAAAUUUUUCCUUAUUUAUCUCAUCUGUCUCACUUUGCAGCCUUUUGUUGCCACCAGUUGACUGUAAAACUUGCACGAGAUGUUUGUGUCACUAUUUUUUCUUCCCAAAUUUGAAUUAUUGUAGAGGAGAAGACAGACUGAGACUAAAACGGCAUAAAGUUUUAGGUUUAUACUAGUUCUAAUGUGAGAGAGGUCUUCGCCUCUGAUUUCAGUGUUUGACUCUUUCGAUGAGUCACGUUUUUUUCUCUAAUGGAGGUAGAUUUAGGGAGGAUGUUGGGAAACUGUCAGAAAUUGAAUAUCACAGUUUAACAGCCAAAGAGGAGAAAGCAAAGAUGUCAAUAUGUCAUUUUUAUUUAACAUUUGAUCUGCUCUUAUGUUGAGACGUCCCCAAUUCUGCUUGUGGAUUGAGAGGAGCAGCAUGCAGUCAGUUUAUUUAACGUAAUUUCUGCAAGCCAUCGUUUCAGUAAAAACUGACUAGUUAGCUCGUGUCUGUGAAACGGCUCCAAAAACCCUCUCAGAGCUGAAGAAGUUUGAUUUUUCUUUGUAAAAAUCCAAGCUGUGGUGUUUCAGGGAUUAUCUAGAUAGAAUGUGCAUCCAUGCAUUGUACAUGAUGGCAUGUGUAACUUUUUUUUCCCCCCUUCCCUCCCAUGACUCGAGUGAUUCAUGAUAGAGGAAACUGUGGAUACAUGAGAUCUGUAUCUGAAAAUAUGGAUUGAUUUUUGCAGAUCUCACAGCUCGAACUCGGCUGUAUUUUCUGUUCAAGUGUUUCUUUUUGUUUUAGCCAUAUUUUCUUUAAGAAAUGAAAGGGAUUGUACUAUUUCUUUUUUUAUUCUAACCCCUUCCAUGAGGUUAAAAUGGUUCAUUUUUACAAAUGCAAUUGUGUAAUGAGGUCACAUUAGUUUUCUGUUACUUGUGUGUGUUUGAUAUCAGCUGAGCAUUGUCCCUUUAAAUCAUUGCUGUAGCUGUUGCUAUUGCUGAGGUUAAAGAACCAUUUAUUGUUAAUACAUGUUGUCUUGAGGCCCAGCUAUGACCCCCCAAGGCCUGAUCAGUACCUGCUGUAAAUAGACGACAGAUCACUCGUGUGCUUUAUUACAUUCUACAAAGAUACAGACAACUGGAGCUUUUCAUUCUACAUCCCAAACUCUGUCCCAGCACCUAAAACUUACAGUAACACAUUUACACUCCUUCAUGCUCUUUAGAUUAAAAUUUGUGAUCCAAUAUUACAAUUUGAGCCUUGAUAAUGCUUUAAUAAUUAAAUAUAGUUUUUAUAGGUUGUAAAUUCUCUUCAUGAUUCCAUUUUGGCAAUUAACUCAUUUAAGUUAAAAUUCUGAUUAGCAGCAACCAAAAUUCUGUUUAAGUUUCCCAAAGUUGUUCAGCAUAAUAAUAAUUUAAAAAAAAAAAAAACAUCUGCCACAUUGAGGUGAGCUUUUUUGUCCAAAAUCGUACCUCUUUGUUGUGUGAUGAGGAGAAGAAGUCUGCCACCCUCCAUGUUUGAGCUGCAGCAGCUCUCGGAGAUGGGCUGAACCUCUGGGCUCUGUCCACAUGUUAGUUUGGGACGGAGCUGAAGUAAAUCUGCAUGACACCAGUUCAGUACUAACUGCAUGUUUUGACCAGUUGUAUCAACACACGUGCACGCACACGCUCCACAAACUGUUACUGUCAAACCUGAGGUAUGUAAACAUGUUACAUCUUUUACACACACAUGGUGUGUGAAUGUGCGAUGAUGGACUUUGACAAUAAAUGAUUUGUGCCA